UAUGAAUUCUCUAAUAACAAUUUAUCUCAGCAAAAAACUUCAUUAAUUUGAUUCUUUUAAUUCCGAUGGAUUACAAUGCAAUUAGCCUGUUUCUAAUUCUCUUUGUUGCUUGUGGAUAUGCUGAUGAAACCCCAUUUGAUGAAAACUACUCUCCUAUGUGGGGUGGUGAUCAUGUUAUUGUUCUUGAUCAGGGUAAGGAAGUCGAACUGUUAAUAGACGAACACUCAGGAGCUGGAUUCAAAUCAAAACAGGAUUUUGGUUCUGGAUAUUUUCGAAUGAUGAUGAAAUUACCAAGCAAUAAUUCAAAAGGAGUCAUCACAACUUUUUAUUUAACUUCAGUCCCAGUUGUUGAAGAUGCAACAAACCAUGAUGAGCUUGAUUUCGAGUUCUUGGGAGACAAUGAUCCCAUGGCUUACAAAUUGAAUACCAAUGUGUUUGCAAAUGACAAUGGACAUAGGGAGCAACAAUUUAGUCUUUGGUUUGAUCCUACUACAGAUUUUCACAUGUACGAACUUGUUUGGAACCAGCACCAGAUAGUGUUCUUUAUAGAUGGGAUACCAAUAAGAGUGUUCAGAAACAACACAAAAAAGGGAGUAAGUUAUCCAUCAAAAUCCAUGCGCAUAGAAGCAAGCAUAUGGAAUAGCACUGCAUGGGUUGGACCAGUGGAUUGGAGUCAAGGGCCCUUUAUUGCUCAUUAUCAAGGAUUUUCAAUUGACGGGUGCAAGUAUAACGACUCUGAUCCUGAGGCAUGCUAUUCCAUGACCUAUUAUUGGAAUGCAGCGAAAUAUUGGAAACUCAGUCCUUAUCAGCAAAGAUGCUAUCAAGAAGUUCGAGACAAGUUCAUGGUUUAUGACUACUGUACCAAGAACCCAGAGAAUUUCCCAGAGUGCUUAACUGAUUUCCCAGUAGAAGAGCAUAUUCAGGAGGAUAUGAAUAACAUGGGUUUUAAUAAUUGUACAGUGAAUCAUCUUGAUCUGCCAUCUAAUUCAGGUGGGGUGACGACCUCUACACUUAGGAAAGGGGCUGCCAGCUCUCCUCCGGCUGAACAUGACUUUCACUAUAGAGGAGAUGGAUUUGGGUCUACACAUGGAGAGACUGACAAGGGCUUUGAUAUUUUAAAAACCAGUUAUGGACAUAUACUGGAGUACAUUGAGGACGGCGAGGAUGGAAAUGAGGAGCCUAUGAAAUUUAUGACUAGACGAAUGAUGAGACAAAGCAUGACGAGAGCACAUGAAAUGUAAAAAAGGUUUCGUUACUAUUUAUAUAUUCAUUGGCUGGAGGUCACAUUGCAGUUCCCUUCAAAGUUUUUAUUUUAUCUUUUAUUUCUGUAUUCCACGGUUAAAAAAAAAA